AUGGAUGAUAUAAGAGGGGACAUUUUAGUUGAUGUGGGAUCUGGCCCCACUCUCUACCAGGUCAUGAGUGGUUGUGAGAGAUUUGAUCGUGUCAUCCUGUCCGAUUUUUUGGAAGUGAAUCGAAAAGUGCUGCAAAGCUGGCUACAGGAGGGAAAGAGCAGUAUAGACUGGACUGCUUACUUCAAGUAUGUGUGUGAACUGGAGGGUCGCAGUUCAUCGGCUUGGGCAGAAAAAGCAACACGUCUUCGCUCAGUUGUGUCUGAUGUGCUGCCAGUUGACGUACACCAGUCCUUUCCAUUAUCACCAGAGUUCUUGCCCCCUUCUGGAGCAGACUGUCUGGUGUCAUCUUUCUGCCUGGAGAGUGUAAGCCAUGACUUGCUUUCCUUCAACCAUGCCUUAGAACACAUCUCCAGCCUGCUUAAAAAAGGUGGUUACCUCCUGCUUAUUGGUGCCCUGGGAGAGAGCUUCUACAUGGGGGCACCAGGGCUGUACAUCCCUGUGGUCCCUCUGGAUGAGUCUCAGGUCUGUGCUAGCCUGAAGGCCAGUGGAUAUGAGCUGUUGCAGUUGUGUAUUUACCACCUGCCUCCAGACAUGAAGGUGGGAGUGGAUGAUGUCACUGGUGUGUUCUUUGCAAAAGCUAAGAAAACAUAA